AUGGUAGAAGACACCGAAAUGAGGACCAAAGGAAGCAGAAAGGGCAAGAACACCCAGGUUCGGGUCGACAAUGAUGCCACAAAUGAGAACGAGCCAGAGGCCAUCAACAAUGAAGCUGACGAAGACACCGAUUCCAACUCCGACUUUGAUGAUGGCAACAACUGGAGCGCUCACGUGAAAUCUUUCCUCCGAUCCAUGCCCCAUGUGAUGAAACAUCUCGAGGGAACAUACGACAAGAAGCACCCAAAAUGGAGCUGCUCCCUCGAUGAUGCUUUAAUUAAUGCCCUGCAUGGAAUAAUCGACACUACCGGAGAACACAAUGUAAAUUACCUCAUCCUAGAUGUAAUCAAAGAGUACCUUACUUUCAAUCAAGUAUGGAGAAAGAUCAAAAAUGGUCUCACAAACGAAGCCACCAAGAUGUCUCACAGACUUGUGCUCAUCUUGCAGCUCAAUGAUACAAAGAUGUUUCACUUGGAUGCCAGAAAGCUAAUUCAAGAGAUCCAGUCCAUACAGACUGAAAGCAGCCUCCUUGGCAAACCAUUUGCCAAUGAUACAUUGUUCUUGGCUCUGCAGAAAUGCACGAUCUGGCAUCCAGUGUAUAAGGAGACAGUUGCUACCAUCCAUCAAAUCGAUUUCAACACCCUUGCCACUGCACUAAGCAUCUGGCAGACUGCUGUCGAGAGCGCAGACCAUGCUGAAUCCGAUGCUGGAUCUGCAAGCGACCGGGACAUGGAAGUGUGGUGCUCCCUCACCCUCCCAUUGAAAUGGCAAGACCCCCCAAACACAAAAGAAACAGCUCAUUGGAUCUUGGACUCGGGGGCAAGUUAUCAUAUGGUGAAUGACUACAGCAUGCUCAUCCACCCGAGAACUUGCCGAAAGCAGAUAAUUACUGCCGGAAGCGAGGUCUUGGAAGCGGCAGCUAUAGGAGAUGCAAGCAUAUCAACAGAUUACGGGGAAAUCUCCCUACAAAAUUUCCGAGGCGACACAUGGCAAGAAAGCAUGAUGGCCACAUCAGCACCAUUGUUUGAAGGUGUUGAUGAGGAGUUCGAGCAUAUUAAGAAUGAGCCAAAAGUUUCAAAGCAACAACUAUGGCAUGAGCAUCUCGGACACCCAGGAAGAGAUAAAACUAAGGCGAUCACGAGCAAGUUAAAAGAUAAGCAUACCAUGAAAUUGGAUCCAAACACUGCUCUGACAUGUGAGCAGUGCUUACGAUCCAAGAGCACAAGCGCUCGGAUGGGGAAAGGUAGCAGCAAAAGAGCCAUAGGGCCCCUGGAUCUUAUUCAUGUCAAUCUAAUAAUAGACUCAUCCCAUGUGACAGAGUACACAUGCAUGUUGGUGCUGGUCGAUGAUCAUAGCAAGUAUGUGUAUGCACAGCCAUUGACACGAAAGAGUCAUGCAUUUAUACAACUCAAAAGGAUUGUUUCAUUCCUGGAGACACAGAUGGAUCGGAAGCUAAAAGCGAUCCAAUCCGAUCAAGGAAUGGAAUGGAAAAGCAAUGAUGCAUUAGAAUGGUCGCUAGAAAAGGGCAUAGAGUGGCAAACCACUGUAGGGUACAACAGCAAACAAAAUGGAUGGGUAGAGAGAAUGAACAGGACCCUUGGAGAGAAGAUGAGAACGUUGCUAAUGCAGAGGAGACUACCGAAGAAGUUCUGGCCAUACGUGAUCAGAGCUGCAGCAUUCAAAAUAAACCUCACUCCGAGCGUUGAUAACAAAUUCCCUUAUCAAGCAAUGUUUGGCAAGUUGCCGGAAUGA